AUGUCUUAUCGCGGCUUACCACAUUAUUCUCCAGUACCUUUAGAAUCAACAAAUUCUUCAAUUAUUAGUUCAAUAUUGCCGUCAUUGUCAUCAGUUCCAGAAAAGCCGAACACUAAAGAUCGUAUUGUACCCUGUUUUAUCGAUAAUUACAUUCUAAAUGAACAACAUCACAGACGUUGUAUAUCAGAUCCUGCCGAUUUUCAACAAAAACAACAACGACAUAAACGAGCAAAAACACUUGAUAAUAUAGUUUCACUCUUUCCAACUAUAUCUAGUCAAGAACCAAUUCGGAUUAUUCACGAAAAUUGCUCAUAUCCAAUCGAUGUUAUUUCUCGCACAAAACACACGCAAUCGUUUCGUCGUUAUAUUGAUAAUAAUGACAAUAGUGACAAUAAUAAUGCCAAUAGUGUGUCUAAAACUAGUAUGAAUCGUAUGAAAUUAAAUUUACCUAAUGAUUUAUUUAAAAAAUCUCAUGCAUAUAGGCGUUAUCACUGUUCAUCUCCUUCUGAGGCAUUUACUUUAUCAACGAAUCCUCCUAUUAUGGUAACUGUUGAAUCUGAAAAUGAAAUAAUAUCACCAACCCUAUGUGAAAACUCAUUGAUAGCCCCAUCUCAUAUUUGUGAUGAAAAAUGUAUAAUGUUGAAUGAUAACAGUAUAGAUGCAAAUGAUAUUCAAACAAAUUUAAAUAAUACACGAAAUUCAUAUUCACAUAAUUUUGUAUCUUAUUUUAUGGAUCUUCUCAAACCAGGUGAUAAUAAAUUGGCCAUGAAAUUAUUUGGAUCGAAAAAAGGCGUGUUGAAAGAACGCUUGAGACAACAAAGAGCAGGAUAUUGUAUUAUUCAUCCGUGCAGCAGUUUUCGGUAUGUUUUACAAGCAAAAAACUUAUAA